ACCUACGAGGCCAAUCGUGGAUAGGAAUGAACGACAGAGCAUCAGAAUCUAACUGGGUGUGGACGGAUGGAACUCCUUCUAAUUAUUACAAUUGGAAAUACAACCAGCCGAGCCAGGACGGUGAUUGUAUGCGAAUAGUAGGCAUAGAUGAUGAUGAUGCAUGGGGUACUUGGAAUGAUAGGGGUUGUGGGGAAGAUGGUUAUCCUAUAUGUGAGGUUUCUGCUGGUGAGGGGUGUGCAGUGUUGCCGAGUGAAAAAUUUGCAGUGUUGCCACGUGAAAAGUCGCAAAGUUUGCAGUGUUGCCAGAAAAACAAAUUUGUUAAAAAGCUGUGGUGUUGCCGGUUUAAACUUUGCUGUGUUGCCUGAUUUAAAUUCACAGUGCUGCCAGAUUGAAAUUUGCAGUGUUGCCAGUUGACAAAGUUUUCAAUGGCUUUUAAAGUUAAUUUGCAUGUAAAUCAAUUUACUUGAUCAUUGCA